CUCUGACGUAAUUUUCCUGCGACCGGCGUCUGCAUCAUGAAUCUCCAUGUGAAGCUCCAGUUCCAUUAAGUAUAUAAUACAAUUUGUGUUGUGCGUUGUUUAUGACAAUCAUUGGUGCUGCGAUACAUGCCGGGCUACUUCCUUUUGCAAAGAGACCCGUGAGAGGAGAAGAAACUACUGAUUGAGUCCUCUUUCGUCUCCGCGACAAGGACAAAUGUGGAAUGGUGGACUUGGCUGCUGAUAACUGAGAUUAUAUUCUCCUCUUUCUGCUGUGGCCUCACCUCCGGAGCCCAAUGGCCACUCGUUUCUUGGGCAGAUAUGUCCCUCUGCUAUGCGGGGCCUCCUCUCGAACCUCAUCCGCUCGCCUGCCUCCAUCAGUCACCGGCCUGGCUCACGUGCAGAGGAAUCGUUGUCGGCCGUGGACUAUGGAGAGGUCGCUAUGCGAGAGGCGGGUGCUGAGAAAAGACGUGGUGUAUUUAAGCAUGCCGACUCGCACCCAGCUGGAUGAGAUUCUGGAAAAGGCUGCGGUGCCCGAGGAGAUCCUCGUUGCCUGGGAACAACAUGGAGGAAAUGGUAAUCAAGCAGCUUCUACUCUGUUGGCGUGGACGAGGAUGAUGCAGAAGACGCAGGCUAAUACUCACCAACUGCAUACCAAGGACCCGAGGCUGCGGGACAUCAUGGACACUAUAACUCGGCAGAUAUCAACUGUGUGGAACGGCAGUCUUGUGUCCAUCUUGCGGGCUCUUUGGGUGAUGGGCGGCCCUGGCACAGAUCCGGUGUUGGCUUCUAUACAAACGGAGGUCUUGUGGCGAAUCCGCCGAUUCAGCUACAAACAGUUGGCCUUCCUGGCUGAGUGGGGGAGCGGCAGAAAGGCGCCGCAGGACGUAGCCAUUGUGACGGCAGCGCUAAAACAGCUGGAACUGCGCUGGACGGAAAUCUCCGAUGCCAAAACUGUCUGUGCGCUCAUUUCCAAAGGACAACACCUGUCGCCUGUCCUAAUGGACAGACUGGAAGACAAGGCUUUGGAGCUCGUCGAAGUCUUUUCAGCUGAAGAAAUUCUCAAAGUGUCCGUGUCUUUAGCUGUGCUGGGCCGCAGAUCCGUGCCCCUCCUCAGGGCGCUGUCCUACCAUCUCCUGCAGAAACCGUCGGCAGAGUUCACCACUCCGCUUAUACUCCAUAUGGCCUUUGCGUUUGGUAAGCUGAGUUUCCACCAAUCGCAAGUGUUUCAGCGAAUGGCAUCCGAGUUGCUGCCGAGAGUGUCUGUACUGACCUCCGGCGACAUUAUGCGCUUUGCAAAAUCAAUGGGCUUCCUCAAAUGGCUCCACAUCCCGCUCUUUGAGGCCUUUGCCGAGCACUAUGUGGAGCACAGUGACAAAUACAGCACUCUGCAGCUGUGUAACAUGCUCAUGACGUUUGCCAGACUGAACUUUCAGCCGAGCAAAGGAGACGAGUUCUAUGCAAAAGUUCAUCCCGUGCUGGAGAGCUCCCUCUCGGACAUGGAGCCUUUUCUUCGGACGGAUGUCGCAUGGUCCCUGUGCGUGCUCCAGCAGGCCAAGCCUCACUAUCUCAGCCCGCUCAUCCAGCCGGAACACGUCGCCAAGUUGUCAAAUGCCAGUCCGGUUCGAGUGGAGAACUACCGACUAAAACUGCUCCAUGUCGCCGCCACGCUGCACCUGGAGCAUCCUGAAUUAUCCUCAUCCCGCACGGACGUUCCGCCUGUCCCGGCCAGUACCUCCACACUCUCCCCACUGCAGAGCAACCUGAGAGAGACUUUGGAUAUUUUGGUGAACAGGCCGGAGAUGCUUCGCACGGGCGUCAGCACUGUGUAUGGAUGGACUAUUGAGGGUGAAGUGGUCGUGGAUAGUGACAACAAGCCCAUCGACUUAUCCCAGCUGAGAGCUCCUCAUCUUCCGAACGGUGGCGGGAAGCAGGCGUUACCUGAAGGGGCACGGCGGAUGGCUUUUCUGGCGUGGGAUUUCCCCAACUUUGGCUCCAAGAGUAAAGACCUUCUGGGGCGCUUCAUCAUGAUGAAGCGACACUUGCAACUUGCCGGCUUCAUCUUAGUUGACGUUCCUUAUUACGAGUGGUUGGAGCUGAAGACGGAGCAUCAGAAGUUGUCCUAUUUAAAGGACAAGAUGGGCAAGGCUGUAGCCGAGGACAUGGCCAAGUGAACCGGCUCACCUCGAUCACAAUUGCAAACUCGGCUCAAUCAGAAGCUUUCCCUCACAAACGGAACACCGGGGAAUGCAGUAAACAAACACACACAUACAUUAAAGAGUGCAGCAUUGCAGAGGAGUGUGUGUGCACCGAAAACAAACCCAACUAAAUAUCAUAUAUAGAUUGACUGUUGUUCCCGUGGCAACGUGUUUGGGGGCUUUCCCUGUUUCCAUGGAGAUGCUGAGCAAGAGUUCCGGAGUCAGAAAAACCAGCAGCAAGGUCUUCACUUGUUCUCAGCUCCGAGUUGCAGCAUCUGUAAGGAAUACAGAACAUUUAGCUAAGAUGUGAUCUAUGAAAGCAUUCAAUUGAUGGUAAUAAUUUAUCAAUGUGUUUGAGUCAUCAUGUGAUGGAAUUAAAAAAUGUUUUAUUGUUAAUUA